AUGUUUCUUAAUACUCUCGCUUUCGCCACUUUUCUCUUUUUGUCGAGUUGCAGGGCACUCAGAUAUGAUCCAGCUUUCCUUCAGUAUAAUCUCAACCAGAACCAAACAGCAGAGAAUCCGCUCGACUACUGGGGAGAAUGGAUAGACCAUCAGUACCACCCCUCGCCGUCGAACUGGCGGUUUCCCUUCUACACCCUGUUUCUCGACAGAUUCGUCAAUGGCGACCCGAGCAACGAUAAUAUCAAUGGGACAGCAUAUGAACAUGACCUGAACUCCAACCAGAUGCGCCAUGGUGGUGAUCUUCAGGGUCUUGUUGACACGCUUGACUACCUCCAUGGGAUGGGUGUCAAGGCAUUGUAUAUUGCCGGCUCUCCCUUCAUAAACACUCCAUGGGGUUAUGACCAAUACUCCCCCCUCGACCUCUCCGUCCUGGACCAGCAUUUCGGUACUAUUGACAUGUGGCGAGCUGCGAUAGAAGAAAUCCACGCUCGUGGUAUGUACGUCAUCCUGGACAAUACAUUCGCUACUCUUGGGGAUCUCAUCGGAUUUGACGGGUACCUCAAUACAACGACACCUUUUACGCUCGCGGAGCAUCAAGUGCAGUGGAAGUCAGACCGCCAGUACCAUGACUUCCACUUCGGGAAUAAUUACAACAAGACAUGCCAAUAUCCAAAGUUUUGGCUGGAGACGGGAUUUCCGGUUGGUGAAGAUGUGACAAGCCAAAUGGUCGGCUGCUAUGACAGCGAGUUUGACCAGUAUGGCGAUACGGAGGCCUUUGGUGUCUUCCCCGACUGGCGUCGUGAGCUGUCAAAAUUCGCUUCCGUCCAAGAUCGUUUACGUGAAUGGCACGAACCUGUCCGCCAAAAGCUUGAGAACUUCUAUUGUAUGAUGAUUGCGCAGCUUGAUAUUGACGGAUAUCGAUACGAUAAGGCCACACAGUCCACGGUUGACGCCAUGGGUUCUAUGAAUGAUGCUAUGCGCCGGUGUGCUCGACGAUUCGGCAAAGAGAAUUUCUUCACCCCUGGUGAGAUUACUGGCGGAAACGUCUUCGGUUCGAUCUUCUUGGGUCGUGGGAGACAGCCUGACAUGAUUCCCGAGAAUUUGACCAUGGCCGCCACAAUGACCAACAACUCUGCAGACAAAUAUUUCCUGAGAGACCCCGAACACGGUGCCCUCGAUGCUGCCGCCUUCCAUUACACAGUCUAUCGCACCCUGACACGUUUCCUGGGCAUGGACGGUAACCUGGAGGCUGGUUAUGAUGCUCCUCGCAACUUUGUGGACAUGUGGAAUACCUUUUUGCUCACGAAUGACUUCGUCAACCCUAACACUGGGAAGGUUGACCCCCGGCACAUGUAUGGAGUCACAAAUCAAGAUGUCUUUCGGUGGCCAGCCAUCACCAACGGUAUCCAUCGCCAGUUGUUGGGUCACUUCAUUACCACAAUCCAUAUGCCCGGCGCCCCACUCCUGCUAUGGGGCGAGGAGCAGGCAUUCUAUAUACUGGAUAACACGGCGUCAAACUACAUCUUCGGUCGACAAGCUAUGUCUUCAGCGACUGCCUGGCAAACUCAUGGUUGCUAUUAUCUCGAUUCCACACAAUUCUUCCACAUGCCGCUGAAUGCAUCGCGUCAUGGCUGUCAGGACGAUACAGCUAGCUAUGACCACAGGGACCCGUCACAUCCUGUACGCAACAUUAUUCAUCAUAUGAACCAACUGCGAGAACAAUUUCCGGUCCUGCAGGAUGGGUUUUUCUUGCAACAAUUGUCGAACCAGACCCAACAGAUCCAGUACCCUGGUUCGGGUAACGUGACAACAGAGACCGGCAUGUGGUCAGUCAUGCGUUCUCCGUUCCCCGGCAUACAAAAUCUUGGUGAUACGGGCGCAGGCAACCUUCCUGUCUGGCUACUCUACUCGAAUGCGAAUGCAUCGACCGCGUAUACAUUCGAUUGCAACAACAAUGAUACGGAUCUGAAUACUACCAGUUUAAUCGCUCCAUACGAUGCCGGCACGACCGUUAAGAAUCUGUUCUAUCCUUACGACGAGCAGACUCUCAUGAACAGUGUCCAUCGCUUGGGAAUUAACGGAUCUACAAACCCGAAUGGUUGUUUGAGCAGCCUGCGUAUGGCCGCUUACGACUUUAGAGCCUAUGUUCCGUUAGAUCAAUGGGUAGGCCCGAAACCGAUGAUUACCAAGUUUGCCCCUGGCCACGAUGCGCGUAUCGAAUCUACAGUUGGCGCGAACGGCACGGAGUCAGUCAACAUCGAGCUUCAAUUCUCGUUGGAAAUGGACUGCGAUAGCGUUACAAACGGCAUUGCGUUCAAUUCCACUACCGAACUCGGAACGACUCCCACCAUCGACCAAGGCAGUGUGCAAUGCACUAAUCUUGCAGAACCUCAAGCUCCUCCUUAUGUGGGCGCGAUAGCAUCGACCUGGUCCUGGUCUGCCACGCUAAACAAUGUGGCUCACGGGAUACACGCAAUCUCUGUCCGCAAUGUAUCAUCUCAGGCGGGAGAGCCUACGAACGCUGUUGAUCGUUUCCUCUUCCGUAUCGGGCAGAGGGACAAUCCGAUUGUAUUCACCAGGACCGCGAACUACUCGUCCAGCCUUGUCAAUAAGAGUAAGAACGGCUCCCUGGUCAUUGCCCACGCAGCGGCUGGCGCAGACAAAUGGCGAUACUCUACAAACUGGGGAUCGUCUUUCUCGGGUUGGAUGCCUUAUGUGGGCGGAGAAUCCCAGAUUGAAGAGCAGGCUUGGACGGGAACCAAACUGCAGUCCUGGAAAGGUACGCACGUCCGUGUGGAGUAUUUCAGUCGCUUGGCCGGCAGUAGCGACCACAUCCAGGAGGGCGAUGUCGGCUUCAGUACUCCCCGGAGGUUUCCUCAUCUUUUCUUGAAUGGGCCGUACAACCAGUACGGAUACGAUGCUGGUCUCGACAACGAAAUGAAGCUCGAAGGCAAUUCAACAUGGUCCCAUCAUUUCAUGACUGAAUGGAGUCUGUCGGGUGCGCUUGCCCAAAUCAAUGUCUGGGGUCUCAAUCCAGAUGGCAAACCCGAUCAAACAAUUGUGAUGGGUGAUGCCGAUGGAGACUCAGUUCUCGACCGUCUUCCUCCCUCGUCGCUCGCCGCAGUCGUCCUGAACAUUACUCAGCCACCUCCAAAGCCACAUCUCGGAUGGAGAAUUGUCAUAGAUGAUGGCAGUCUGCAUUUCGAACUGUUACCGUCCGGAAAUAUGUGGACUCAACUUAUCCUCUACGUGCUCCUAUGGACCGUCCCAGUCAUCACAGCAGCCUUUGGCGUGUGGUCAUUUAUGCAAUCCUUUUACCAAAUCAAGUUUAACGAGAUUGGCAUAUCAGAGAAGACUGGAUUGAUCCCAGCGGUUUUCAAGAAACAGUUCAAAAAGCUAGUCGACGAGGAAUCAUCCCCAGGCAUCCUGACGAAAUUCUCCCGCAAACCAAAGUUUCUGCAGCCAUCGGACAACGUUAUCGACCAGCAGAAAAGACGCACGGUUCUGAUCGCAACAAUGGAGUAUGACAUUGAAGACUGGGCUAUCAAGAUCAAGAUCGGAGGUCUCGGUGUCAUGGCACAGCUGAUGGGAAAGAACCUUGGUCACCAAGAUCUGAUCUGGGUUGUGCCCUGUGUUGGAGGCGUCGACUAUCCGGAGGACCAAAAAGCGGAUCCGAUGACGGUCACAGUCCUUGGCAAGCCAUAUGAAGUCCAAGUCCAGUAUCACGUUCUACGCAAUAUCACUUACGUGCUGCUCGAUGCGCCUGUCUUUAGGCAGCAAACCAAGGCAGAGCCUUAUCCACCUCGCAUGGAUGACCUUUCUUCAGCCAUUUACUAUUCGGCGUGGAAUCAAUGCAUUGCCCACGCCCUCAAUCGCUUUCCCGUGGAUCUGUAUCACAUCAACGACUACCAUGGCUCGGUUGCUCCACUCUAUCUGCUCCCGAGAACAAUUCCCGCUUGUCUGUCUCUGCACAAUGCCGAAUUCCAGGGACUAUGGCCGAUGCGAACAAAGCAGGAACGGGACGAGGUGUGCUCUGUCUUCAAUUUGUCACCUGAACUUGUACAGCGGUACGUCCAGUUUGGCGAAGUAUUCAACCUUCUCCACGCCGGAGCCUCGUAUUUGAGAGUCCACCAACAAGGAUUUGGAGCAGUGGGUGUGUCCAAGAAAUAUGGAAAGCGGUCAUAUGCCCGAUACCCCAUCUUCUGGGGUCUUAAGAAGGUCGGCAAGCUGCCCAAUCCCGACCCGUCUGAUACUGGCGAGUGGGAUAAAAAACUUCCCAACGAAGCCGAUAUCCAGGUCGACCCAGAGUUUGAGGCCGCGCGGCCUGAAUUGAAGCGUCAAGCUCAGGAAUGGGCUGGCCUCGACCAAAAUCCAAACGCCGAGUUGUUUGUUUUUGUCGGACGCUGGUCUAUGCAAAAAGGUGUGGACUUAAUUGCAGACGUCUUCCCGUCGAUCCUGGAGUCAAAUCCAAACGUACAGCUCAUCACCAUCGGACCUGUCAUCGAUCUGUACGGGAAAUUCGCUGCACUCAAAUUAGAUCGAAUGAUGCAGCUCUAUCCUGGCAGAGUCUUUUCCAAGCCAGUCUUUACAGCUCUGCCUCCAUUCAUCUUCUCCGGGGCUGAGUUUGCGCUUAUUCCUUCGAGAGACGAACCCUUUGGGCUCGUCGCCGUCGAAUUCGGUCGCAAAGGUGCCUUGGGAGUAGGAGCCAGAGUUGGAGGACUAGGUCAAAUGCCGGGUUGGUGGUAUACUGUUGAGUCUACUACCACUGCACAUCUGCUGCAUCAGUUCAAGCAGGCCAUCCACGAAGCCCUCAGCUCGAAAACGGAGAUUCGGGCCUUGAUGAGGGCUCGAUCGGCCAAGCAGAGAUUUCCAGUGGCACAAUGGGUCGAGGACCUCGAAAUUCUGCAGUCUACGGCUAUCCGUAUCCACGACAAGGUCGAAGCCACCGGGCGUCAUACUUCUGCAGGGUAUCUUCUGGGAUCGUCUGUCUGGAACACUCCUGGUGGAUCGGGUGCAGUCACACCAGCUGGUUUCCACACUCCAACGUUUGGCCAUUCGCGGUUGACAAGCUCCGCAGCCUUGCAUUCCCUCACCACUCGUCUCAGGAACCUGGGUCACAGUCGGGAACCAAGCCAGGAUAUCCCAGCUGACCGUCCCACCUCUAGCCAUUCCCGGGCGGCUUCUGGCCUGUCGCGUUCAGCAUCCCUUGGGUCGCGCAGAGGUCCUGGUCAUGUCGAGGCCCAAGAUGAACACGACGGAGAAGAUUCACACAUGCCCGCAGUCCUUCCACCGGUGCCUGAUGUUGAAGGAGACGACACUGGACUGGGAAUGUCUGCCAUGCAGAACCCGAACGAGAAUCUGGACGAAGACGACGAAGACAUGGAUAGUGAUUUCGAGGAUGAUGAUGGAGAAGGUAUUACGAUACCUGCUCAGACACCCGGGCGGUAUCAGCGGCUGGCUGUGAAUGACGAUUCCCCUUACUCCGCACAAUCGAAUCAUACCCGCCGAUCAAGCAGAACAGUGGGACUGGAACUCACUCCCUUACCAAACAGUCCAAGUCACACUGCUCAUUCGCCUGAGCAAGGCACGCCUAGACCAGAAUCAGGGCUCCUCAUUCCACCACCCGCUUUCACUGACAACAACCGCGUCUCGAGUACCAACUCGCUGCUCUCCAUGAACAGUAUAGUUGGGGAAAAGACCGACUUCCAACUGCAGAAGGUUGACCCAUUCUUCACGGAUAGCAAUGGCGAGUUUGCCAAAGCUUUUGAGAAGAGACUCGAAGAUCUUAAAGGGAGCAACUCGGAGUCUACGGCGUGCAUUGAAGAGUUCCUGAUCAAGUCAGAGAAGCAAUGGUUUGACACUUUCCGCAAUGUCAAACUUGGAAGGCAUACAGCUGCUCCCUCUGGUCGCACGAGCUUCCACACCAACCGCGACUCUCGUCCAACUUCAGCUGCCCCUUCUAUCUAUGGGGGCAACACCGACCCCGACUCUCAGCCCGAUCCAAACAACCUAGCCGAAGAGUUUUUGCUAGGAAAGGACUACAAACCGCCAACUGGCCUGAGGAAAUGGAUGCAAUUGCGAAUUGGAGAUUGGCCGGUAUAUGCCUUUUUCAUGGGCUUUGGACAAAUCAUUGCGGCCAACUCCUACCAGAUCACUCUCUUGACCGGAGAGGUUGGUCAAACAGCAUCAAAGCUCUACGCAGUUGCCUCGAUCUAUCUCGCCACGUCGAUUUGCUGGUGGCUCCUUUUCAGGCGGUUCCAGUCCAGACUUUGCCUGUCCUUGCCAUUCUUCUUCUACGGGCUGGCAUUCAUUCUGAUCGGAACUGCCCAUUAUGGCUCUACCAUCAGCGGCCGGGGAUGGAUUCAGAACGUGGGAACUGGCAUGUACGCGGUGGCUUCGUCAUCAGGCUCCAUCUUCUUUGCUCUCAACUUUGGCGACGAAGGCGGCGCCCAGGUCAAAGCUUGGGUGUUCCGAGCCUGCGUGAUCCAAGGUACCCAGCAAAUCUAUGUCGUGGCCUUGUGGUACUGGGGUGCACAUCUCAAUCAACGCAUGGUCGACGCCCUCGUCACCACCCCCGACCCCAUUUCCUCGACCUGGAAAAUCACCGCCAUCACCCUUCCGAUCGCCAUUCUCCUCUGGUGCAUUGGGCUGCUGAUGUGGUUCGGUCUACCCAACUACUACCGACAAGCUCCUGGUAAAAUGCCGAGCUUCUACAGGAGCUUGCUGCGCCGCAAAAUUGUCCUCUGGUUCUUCGUGACCGUCCUCAUCCAGAAUUUCUUCUUGUCAGCGCCCUAUGGCCGCAAUUGGUCAUUCCUCUGGAGUAGCUCGCACGCCAAGACGUGGCAGGUCCUACUGCUUGUCGCCCUGUUCUUCAUCGGUGUCUGGGCGGGUCUUUUGUGGCUGUUUGGUGUGCUUUCCAAGUCGCACAGCUGGAUCCUGCCGCUGUUUGCCAUCGGUCUUGGAGCACCCCGCUGGGCCCAGAUCUGGUGGGGCACCAGCAACAUUGGUCUUUAUCUUCCCUGGGCGGGCGGCUACACAGCUUCGGCUCUCGCUUCCCGCGCGCUGUGGCUGUGGCUCGGGACCCUCGACGCCAUCCAAGGCGUGGGAUUGGGUAUGAUUCUCCUCGCCACACUGACGCGGGUGCACGUCGCAUUCACUCUCGUGACGGCACAAGUUCUUGGUUCGGUUGCUACAAUCGUAGCCAGGGCUGUGGCCCCUAACAAGAUCGGGCCAGGGCCUAUCAGCCCGGACGUCAGUGGAGGAGUGGGUUCGAUCUGGCAAGCCUGGUUUUGGAUCGGACUGGUUGCCAAUCUGGCCAUCUGUGUCGGGUAUUUCAAGUUCUACCGCAAGGAGCAAUUGAGCAAGCCAUAA